AAAACAGGAGAGAAAUUCAGAGGCUCAGGGAUGGAACCUUGGGUUCCCCUGCGGCGACCACAGCCACGUGGGAGGCCCACGGCACCAUCCCAUGAUCCAGGCCGAGGCCUUCAGAGAGCCGCACAUCAUCGGCCUGGGUCUCACUCUUGGCACAACGGCGAGAGGUUCCGUCAAUGGCAAGACGUCCGUGGGAGCCCCCAGCCACAGCAGAACCCCAGGGCAGACCACCAACAGCCUCCUUAUGGGGCCAGGCCUGGGGAAUGGCAUCAGCCUGUGUCUGGGUUUGACUAUUACGAAGGUGGCCAUCCCAGUCACUUGUAUUCAAGGCCAGGCAUUGAGGAUCCGUAUCAGAGCUCUCAUUCUCCAGCCCUAAGGGAAGACUACGCUUAUGGCAGUUAUUACUACCAUGGAUACCCGCAGCAGCUACCGGAAGAAAGAGUGCCAAGGCAAGAGAGUCCUUCUGUCUGGCGCGAGGAUUAUCGAGAUCAAAAGUACCUCAAUGAACAUCAUCGUGAAAACCAGAAUAGUCCGUUUGGAACGAAUAGUGACACCCAGUUCCAAUCUCAGACUGCGAACCUUUACAGAGACAGUCCUACUUCUAACUCUGGACAGGAGAGGCCUGGGGACCUGUUUCCAGAGAGUCUGCUAACUGAGGCCCAGAAGAAUAAGCCAUCAGUGACCAACAAGUCCAACCUUCUCCGGCAGCACGAGUCUGGUCUCAGCUCCAGUGGCUAUGAGCUCAGUCAGUACAUGGCAGAUGCCUCUGAGACAUAUGACCCCAUGGCUUCAGCAACUUGGGGUCCAGUUCAGGCUGAGGAUGUCUCGGCAGCUGGUCCCAAGGCACCCAUGAAAUUCUACGUCCCUCACAUGCCUGUGAGUUUUGGGCCAGGAGGUCAGCUGGUGUGCGUGUGUCCCAGUUUUCCCAGUGAUGGGCAAACGGCCCUUGUCGAACUGCACAGCAUGGAGAUUAUUCUUACUGAUUCUGCGGCACAAGAAGAGAUGAGAAGUUUCUCAGGACCCCUGAUCAGGGAAGAUGUACACAAGGUGGAUAUCAUGACGUUUUGCCAGCAGAAAGCAGCUCAGACUCGCAAAUCAGAGACACCGGGGAGCAGAGACUCAGCUCUACUGUGGCAGCUGUUGGUUCUCCUUUGUCGGCAGAAUGGGUCCAUGGUGGGAUCAGACAUCGCGGAACUGCUGAUGCAAGACUGCAAGAAGCUGGAGAAGUACGAGAGGCAGCCGCCUGUGGCCAACCUCAUCAACCUGUCCGAUGAGGACUGGCCAGUGCUCACCUCGGGGACCCCCAACCUGCUCACGGGAGAGAUUCCCCCCAGCGUGGAGACGCCUGCGCAGAUCGUGGAGAAAUUCACUAAACUGCUCUACUAUGGAAGGAAGAAGGAAGCCCUGGAGUGGGCCAUGAAGAAUCACUUGUGGGGCCACGCUUUGUUCCUGUCCAGCAAGAUGGACCCAAGGACCUACAACUGGGUGAUGAGUGGCUUCACCAGCACGCUGGCACUCAACGACCCACUGCAGACCCUCUUCCAGCUCAUGUCGGGGAGGAUCCCACAGGCAGCCACGUGUUGUGGGGACAAGCAGUGGGGAGACUGGAGGCCUCACUUGGCUGUGAUUCUGUCGAAUCAGGGUGGGGACCCGGAGCUGCAUCAGCGCGCAAUUGUCACCAUGGGGGACACCCUGGCUGGGAAGGGGCUGGUGGAGGCAGCACACUUCUGCUACCUCAUGGCUCACGUGCCCUUCGGCCACUACACUGCGAAGACAGACCAUCUGGUCCUGCUGGGCAGUAGCCACAGUCAAGAGUUUUUGAAAUUUGCAACAACUGAGGCUAUCCAGAGGACGGAAAUCUUCGAGUACUGUCAGAUGCUGGGCCGCCCCAAGUCCUUCAUCCCUUCUUUCCAGGUGUAUAAGCUGCUUUAUGCUUCCCGUCUGGCAGAUUACGGCCUUGCGUCCCAGGCCUUGCAUUACUGCGAAGCAAUUGGCACGGCCCUACAUAGCCAGGGAGAGAGCGUUCACCCUGUGCUAUUGGUGGAACUCAUCAAGCUAGCAGAGAAGCUGAAGCUGUCUGAUCCUCUGGUGUUAGAGAGACGCCGUGGAGACAGGGACCCGGAGCCAGACUGGCUCGUGCGCCUGCGGAGGCAGCACAAGGACGUGGAGCAAAAAGUAGCCAGAGACACUGGGGAGCCCCGUUCUGCUCACUCAGAUAUUUCGGGAGCCAGAGGAACAACAGAAAACACUUUGUACCAGGAUCUUUCGGGACAUCAAGGUGACCCAGAAGCUAUUGGGGACCGCUCAGCCCAGUGGCCAGCAGCAGAACAAACAGUCCCGGCCCAACCCAGCCUACAGCAACCGUUUCCCCUCCAGCCUGGCUCCUACCCAGCAGGAGGUGGUUUGGCGCAGACAGGGGUCCCAGUACCUCUUUACUCGGUUCCCCAGACCUACCUGCCAGGGACCAGUGGCAGCAUGGCAGUGACAGAAGCUCCCGGAGGAAGGGCCUGGGAGGAAAUCCAGCAGAUGCCCCCACCCCCUGGAGAGAACACAGUGUCCCAAGAAACCUUCCAGAAUCCUGAUGGUCAACAGGCUGUUUCCACACCUCAGGUGCCACUGAUGCCCAGGGUACGACACGUUUCUGAGGGUUCCACCGUUUCAGUCAAGGAGGAUGAGGAAGAGUCCUCUGAUGAGGAAGAUAAAAAGUCUUCCCAAAAUACUGCGCAGAGAGAAAAGAGCUCGGGCUUUGGCUGGUUCAGCUGGUUUCGCUCGAAGCCCACCACCAACACGUCCCCCUCUGCAGACGAGGACUCUGACAGUACCGACCCGGAGGAGAACCCCAGACUACCGUCUCCUCCCCGGGCUAGCCCAGGCCUCUCACAGACAUCUCCCCCAGAGCCCCCAUCUCUCCCAGGUGCCAGCACCUUCUCCACAGGCACAGGUCAAGUCUGGGGAUCAGCGUCCGGUGGGGGAACAGCCGAGGGCACUGGGAGUGCAGCCUUAUCUGCGCUGGAGGGUGUUUCCUCUGAGAUCUACUUCAGCCCUGGUGCUCUGCGUCCCCCAACCCCCUUAAAAGGGGCUGUUCCUCUCUACAACCCAUCUCAGGUCCCGCAGCUCUCCAUGGCUACUAGUCUGAACCGGCCAAAUCGCCUAGCUCAGCGCCGCUACCCAACCCAACCAUGAUGAGAAGGACCACACAUCCCAGGCUGAGCUCCGGAAGCACACCCUCUACAUGGCUCUCCUUUCUUAAUCUCCCCGCCCCUCUGCCAUGUUGGGGCCCCCAAGAGGGUUGUGCUGACCUACUGGCUGCACUGGGCACGGAGAAGGCAAGGGGUCAGGGCCUCCCAGGACACAGCUCAGUCGAGUCUCUUCAGAUUAGCUUUACACGAUGGAAAUUACUCACCAGAUGGAAAAGCUGGGUAUAAGAGCUGACUGGAGGUGAG